AAAAAUGUUGAAUCCCACGGCAGAUAUGGAGGUAGCGGCAAACAAUGUAUUAUGCCAGGUGCCCUUGCAGUGCAUAGAGAAAUGCAAAUACAAAAAAUAUCCAACGUUACCGCGAAAAGUCUAUGAAGUAGAGGAUGAGAAAAAAUAUUUGGAACAUGCUGAUCCUUAUUGGGCGAGAUUUUUACGAUCUCAAGCUGAUUCCAGUGCCAAGUAUUUGUAUAGAAUGAGCUUCUUUGGCUCCAAUCGCGAUCCUACUAUGGUAAAAAAAGAACCAUUUCCGCCCGCAUUAAUACAUCAACGUCUUUUACAUAUGCCCGUAAUAGGGGCUUUAGACCGCGAUGCUAUGUUUUAUAUGUUGUGUUUCAUAUUGAACAUGUUGAGAUUGAAUCCCGAUUCACAAAAGGACGUCUUAAAAAAAUUUCGUGAACGCAACUUGAUUGAUAACGAGAUUUUAAUUUAUAUGCAAUUGAUAAGUCGUCACCCGAACACAGGACUAACGAAUGAUCAACGUGACAAUUUUAUUCGCAUAACACAGGAUAUUAUUAAUGAACAUUCUACAAUACGUAGCAAUAAUUACUUUAAUCCGGAUCAUAUAUUUAAGAAGUCUUUCGUUGAAAUUGAUCCUUACGAGUUGGAAUAUUUGAAAAGUAUAAUGCAUACGACAGAAGAUCUUACCAAACAACAAUUUUUAUACUUAACUAUGCUGGUCGAACGAUUACAGGAGAUGCCGCUUGCUAAACGAGAUCAAUAUUUAAAAUUGCUUCAUUCGAAAGGCGUACUGCCUUCAGAGAAAUAUACAACGCUCUCGUGGUAUUUAAGUGAUAAGGCUAAACGUUUCGAUAGCACGCGCCUAAAAACACUUUUUCAGCAAUUGGAAAUUUUAAUGGAUAUUGCGGAAACUAUGCCGCCAACACGGCCAGCAGAAAUACCGAAAAAAUAUAUCAGCACAACCGAAAUUAAAACGGAUGCGUAUAAAGUGACUCAAACAUUGGAAGCACUUAUGAAAGGUGCCGUUGAGAAUAUAGUGCGUUUGAGCGAACUUAAAAACUUCCUUAAGAAUUUAAUGUCGUUAACACCGUACGAAUUGGAAUCAACCUUAAAUUCUUUGAAAAAUUCUUAUGUCCUCGAUAAGGAUCAAUUUCAGUUUCUUAUUGAUUUCAUUGCGGCCGGGCGACUGCGUGGCGAUCCAAAGAAAUUACAAUUAUUAACGGAUAUGUUAGAAAAGGUGAGUGGCACGCCAAUUGGGACUCAAGUGCCAAACAAUGACAAUGCCGCGAUGGAACAACGACAAGGCGGAGCUAAAAAAAAACCAACCAUAAUAAAAGCAGCAGUACCGAUAAUAGCGGCUGUGGCAUCAAAGGAAAGAAUGUUAGCGAUGUCGUCAAUUCAAUCCCUUAAUCAAAAAGCUGCUGCUGUCAAAAAACAAAAAAAAUCACAUGAAGGAAUAGGCGAAACUCUUGGAGAAAAAGACGGAUCCAUUGCCAGCAGAAAACGAGGAAGUAUGUUGACAAAGACUGGCUCAUCUCUUUCGGAGAAACGUGCGGCGGAGACGGACCCAACUUUUACGGGAAAAGGUGAAGCUGCUGCAGCUGCUGGUAAACCCCUAGAACAGGCAUUGGCGGAGUUAGAUCCAACUUCUUCCACGGCAAAAGAUAAAGCUCCCGCUGCCAAAAUAUUCGAAAAGACAUGGACUGAGACAGAUCCAACUUCUAAGGAGAGAGAUGAAGCUGCUGCUGCUGCUGCUGCUGCUGGCAAAAAUCAAGGACAGACGUUGGCGGAGAUAAGUCCAGCCUCUACGGAGAAAGAUGCGGCUACUCCUGGCAAAGGACAAUCGGGAAGAGAAGGGGAAAAGGGGACCGUAAUAGCAAAACAAGAUAAAAGAAAAGGAAACAUCCCUCCUGACGAAGACUCCACUGAUGUAGGCGAAGUAUACGGCGAUAAAGAAGAUGUCGGAGGCGACGGAGAUGUUAAAAGGGAAAACGAUACAAAAUCAGAACCCACUAAAAAACGUCAACAUUUUAAGAAAAUUGGUGCAGGCGAUCAAAAGAAAAAGGGCGAUAAAGACGAAAGUAAAAAAGGGAUCGCAGUUACUCACGUGGUAAAGGCGCCGACAACUAUGACAACUGUGAUCAGUGCCGCAUCCAUUCUUUCGGCAAUGAAACUGGACACGACCAAGACUGUAAAAAAGGAAAAGGAUAAAGGCCAAAAAAUGGACUACUUUGAAUAUCCCCCACCUUUAUAUAAAUCAGCGCGCACGGAAUAUAUGCUGGAAGGACCAAACGGGCCAAUUCCUUUAAUACGUAAUCGUGCAUUAUUUUUUCAUUUCUGCACGCGCUCCGGCAAAACCAAUCGUAUUGUGUCCAUUAAGAAUGGCAUUUUGCGCUUCAGAUAAGAAAGGAGAACUAUUCCAUAUGUAUUUUUCUUUUUUUGUUUUGCGAAUGUUUUUUCUUCCAUUUUGUAUUCUUGCAAGCGUUAAAAAUCAACAUAAAAGUGUAAUAAGAGUUACCAUCCUUUAGGUGAAUUGAUGUUCUUUUUCUCUUAUGAAGGGACCGGGGCCCAAUAUAUCGAUAUCCAAGGGAUAAUUUAAUUUUCUCUGUUUUGUAUUUAGUUUUUGUGGACGUAUGCAACGAUCGGAGGAACUUGACAUGAAUCUUU